AUGCCAAAAGUAAACCAUUUGCCCUACAAACAGCCAGCAGCGGGUUGUCCUCAGCCAAAAGUCCCCACUUUUGGUGGCCUGUGGUGUCAGGCUAUUGGUGGACGGAGCAGCUCAUUUGCAUACAGCCCAGUUUAUAGUCUGCUCGCAAGUGUGAAGCCUCCAGUCAUUCACAAGCUGAGGUCUGCGCGGGUCAUUUGUGAUUUACAUGCUUCUCUCUUUUUUUUUUCUUCAACCCCCUCUUAUGACGAGAUGGCAACACUUGCUCGCUGCUGCUUUGUGCUGGCUUUAAUUAUUUACAAGGUCAGAUGCACCACGACAAGAUACUUCACCUAUGAGGAGGACGCACCUGGGACAGAAAUAGGCAACCUAUCCAGCGACUUGAAGAUCGACCCCGCCGAAGGCCAUGACACAUCCUUCCGCUUCAUGCAGGAAAACAACUUCUCCGUGGUGUACAUGCGGGAGGCCGACGGGCUCUUGAGCGUGGCCGAACUCAUCGACCGCGAGCUGCUGUGUCCUCGUACCCCGCGGUGCUACGUCACCUUCGAUGUGGUGGCGCUCUCCAAUGAAAAGUUUCAGCUCAUCCACGUUGAGAUUGAAGUGCGAGACAUCAAUGACCACGCCCCAACAUUUCCCCGCAACGAGAGCACCCUGGAAAUCUUGGAGAAUUUGCCCCUGGACUCUCGCUUCCCGCUGCCCGUCGCCGUGGACCCAGAUGUGGGCGACAACUACAUCCAGAGUUACAACAUUUCCCCCAGCAGCCACUUUGCCGUGGAGGUGCGUCAGCGGGAGGACGGUAUCAAGUCCGCCGAGCUGGUGCUGGUGAGGGAGCUGGAUCGGGAGAUGGAGGAUUCCUACCUGGUGGAGGUGACCGCCACCGACGGAGGCGAGCCCGCCAGGUCGGGCUCCACGACAGUUCGCAUCAAGGUGCUGGACUUCAACGACAACGGGCCCACUUUUGAGCACGGCUCGCUGAAGGUGGAGCUCAACGAAGACGCUCCGGUGGGCCACCGUGUAGUGCGGGUGCACGCCUUCGACCCCGACGAGGGCGUCAACGGCCAGGUGAUGUACGCCUUUGACGACAUCUCGGCAGAAGCCGCCCGCGUCUUCCACAUCGACCCGCACACGGGUGACGUGACGCUAAAGGCCCGCGUGGACUUUGAGAGGCGGCGAUCCUACGAGCUGCGUGUCAGGGCCUCCGACCUGGGAGCCGAUCCUUCGUCGUCCAGUUGCAAGGUCUCCGUCGAAGUGGUAGAUGUGAAUGACAACGCACCAGAGAUCAACAUCAAGCCCAUGACCGCCAGCGCGGAUGACGUGGCCUACAUUACGGAGGCUGCGGCGGCCGAGAGCUUCGUGGCCCUCAUCAGCACUUCAGACCUGGACUCUGGCUCCAACGGCUAUGUGCGAGUCAGCCUGCUGGGCCACGAACAGUUCACCUUACAACAAGCCUACGGGGAGACCUUCAUGAUCGUCACCACCUCCGUUCUGGACCGAGAGAGGAUCCCUGAGUAUAACCUGACUGUUGUCGCUGAAGACUUGGGCAGCCCCCCUUUCAAAACAGUGAGGCAGUACACCAUCAGGGUGACCGAUGAGAAUGACAAUGCACCCCUGUUCAGUAAGUCAACAUAUGAGGUCGCAGUUAUAGAGAACAACAUUCCGGGUUCUUACAUCACCACCGUAGUGGCCCGCGAUCCUGAUAUGGGCAAGAACGCGAAAGUCUCCUACAAGCUUCUGGACUCGGAGGUUCAAGGUGGGUCACUGGUUUCCACCUACGUGUCUGUAGAUUCCCAUACAGGCUCUCUGUACACAGUCAGGUCCUUCGACUAUGAAAGCAUCCAUGAAAUAGAGCUGAUCAUCCAAGCUGAAGACAAAGGGUCCCCCUCACUGUCAAGCACGUCAACAAUUAAAAUCCGCGUGGUGGACCAGAAUGACAACUACCCAUAUUUCACCUUCCCCGUGCUGUUUAACGACUCGGCCGAUAUCCCGCUGCCCUUGAACGCCCCUGCUUCAUAUUUAGCUCUGCGCCUCUCCGCCGAAGACACAGAUGACGGCGUGAAUGCAGAGCUGUCCUACCACAUGUUGCAAGGUGACCGAGAUCUUUUCAUUGUGCACAAAGACACCGGUGAGAUCGCCCUCAAGCAAUGGCUGACGGCCCAAACCGGGGACAUCCUGGAACUGGUCGUGGCCGUUAGCGACCGCGGCCGCUCGCCUCUCUCCAGUAGCGCCACCGUGCGCUUCGUGGUUACCGACGCAGAGCCCGUCGGGGACCGGGAUGUGGUGGUUUUGCGUUCAAGUGACGAGGAAGGCCUCGUGGAGGGCUUAGAUGGCUCGCUGGUGGUCAUCAUCCUGCUCAGUGGCGGGUGCGCUUUGCUACUGGUGGCCAUCGUGGCCGUGGUGGUCACGUGCAAAGCAGGACGUGGCGGUGCAGGUCCCCCUAAAAGGGAGGCCCGCCUCAACUUGUUUGACAGUCGGCCCCCUCUCGGGUCCACGCAUGGGAACAUAUACUCCGGCCAGAGAGGCUUCUUCCUGGAGCGGACCUCAUCAAGCUUGGAUGACUCCAGCUUAUAUGAGGAGAGGAGCAAUGACUCAGAAUCAAAGGUCUUCCUGCCUUCAAAGCACUUCCAAGCACCAUCCAAAUGGCAAGCCGACAAGUAUUGCUUGCAAGUGAGCACGGGCAACACCGACCAGCUGAGCGUGAAGGACAGCGGCAAAGGGGACAGCGACUUCAAUGACUCCGACUCGGACAUCAGCGGAGACGCUGGCAAGAGGAGCUUUAGCACCUUUCACCCAAGAAUGAAAAGUUCAUCUAGCAUUGCUAACAGCUUAGCGGGGGAUUGCCAAGGCACCUACUGUGCGAUACCGCCACAGUGCUUCAAGAACCCCAGAGACUUGGCGUACGCUACCGGCUUCUCCCCGGCGACUCUCUUCAAUGAUCUGCAUGGCUUCGCCCACACUUGGAAGGAGCUAGGCUACGCUACCAAUCCCAAGAAAACACGAAAUGACGGCAUGCAAACCUACACCGGUAGAACAGGAACCCUUCCGCCUUACCUGUCCCAGGUGCAGAAUGAGCCCAAGGUCCACAAGCUGAGCCCAAAUAUUGUAACGGUAGCGACGGAAUCAGAAGUGGCGACUAUGUUUUGAGUUUUAACCACAUGUAAACUGUACAUACUUGUAAAAAAAGUGCUCUGCGUUGAUUAGCCUUCGCUCAUGUAUGUCAAUUUGUAUAUUUUUAGUGCUGCUUUCCCAAUAAAUGUGUGAUUGUAAAAACUCUUCAAGCUUCAUUCACAUACACAUACAGCUCGUUCUUCCCAGAGUGUUUCAUUCGAAUCAAUAUAAAUAUUUCAUGACGUGCUUGAAUACGUUACAAACAAAGUAGAUACAGCAACAUGCCGAGACAAUUUCCUGUGAAUCUUUCCUCCAAAGACCGAAAGACAAAAGUAAAUAUAUAUAUUUUUAAAAUAGGUAUGAGACAUGAAUACAUUUCCAUACAGGAAAAACACUUUAAAUGAUGUAAAAUCCUCUACGUGCCUACCAUUGUUUUGAAAACACAUUUCAAUGUGUGUCCACUUCAGCACAGCUGGAGUCAUGCUAUUUAUCACCAAAUAGCUUUGGUGAUAAGUUCCUUGAGAUGAUUUAUGUAUUCUAUCUUUUCGUGAUACACUAUCACCUUCAAAGGCCUCAGAAGAUAAAAAUCAAGUGGGCUGAAAUGGGCCACUCCACAAGACCGCACCGACAAAUUCAAGCAUCUGGCAACUGCUGAUCUUAGCAAUGGCGCAUGUAAAUACCAUAAAGGGAGGGAACUCGAUUUUUUUUUUGGGGGGGGGGGAUUGGGAAUUUAGCAUCCUCAUUAGAACGGCUGGAAAAAAAUUCUUCUUUUUGGCCACCUUUGUUGGACUCGUCCAAUCAGGAUUAACACUUCUGAAAUGUGAUUGGCUUCAAAACAAUGCCCGUCAUUCAUAUUUAUGAAAUCUCUACACUUUUUGCAUGCAUGGACAUUUAUGGAGCACCUUGGAUGAAAUAGUGAGUACAUAAAAAACAAACAAAAAAAAAAAAAAACUAUCCACUAAUUCCCAGAUAAUCUCCCAAUGUUGUCAAAUCACCAAUAUGUGUCCCAAAUAGAAAAUGUCGUUCUUCCUGAAGGAUUUGUGCAGCUAACACAUAUUUUUUUGUGUUAUUUUUCCAGAUAAAAAAACAAAACACUUUAUUUGAUGGUGUGCUGUAACAUUUCUGUCUGUAAAAUAUGUGCCUUGAUCUCAAGAAAAGUUGGGAAAUGGUUUGUUAAAAGAAUGGUUUGUUUGAUUCUUCUGUUUUUUUGGGGGGUGUGGGGGGCGUUUUGCUACGCUACUACAGUAGGUAGCGCACAGGCGCACAACACACCGUAGAGGGAACAUUACACACUACUAACGUUUAGGUGACAAGAGUUUCAUAGAACAUACUGCAGCUAUAAGAUCACUCUAAGAGGAGGUUUCACCUAUCUUUGAUGCAAGGACAUUUGUAGUUAUUUUAUUGUAUUUUUUGAAUCACUUUUCCUCAUAGCCAGUGGCUUUGAAACACAUGAAUGUAAUGUCUAUCAAGGAGCUUGCUUUCAAGGACCAGCGA